AGUGCGCCUGCUUGGCAAUUUAGUCAUUUUCAACCUCACAUUCACAUUGCAGCAGGCACUGAGAAUCUACUUGAGAGUUGAGAUCUCGGAAGGCAACUUUCAACAGACCGAGCAAAGCAAAGCAAAGCAAAAUAUGGCUUCUCUGACCGCUGAAGCAGCAGCCAGUUCUUCAUCUUCUUCUCUCCCACAUUAUUCUACUGACCAAAAUCAUUACACAUACGAGGUGUUCCUGAGUUUUCGAGGCGAGGAUACGCGCUUUAAUUUUACAGAUCAUUUGCACACUGCUUUGUGUCAGAGGGGAAUUGAGACCUUCAGAGAUGAUGGGCUCAGAAGAGGAGAAGAAAUAUCAUCGGCUCUUAUCAAAGCAAUUAGGGAGUCCAGAGUUUCAAUUAUUGUCUUCUCUCACAAUUAUGCUUCCUCAAGGUGGUGCUUAGAUGAACUGGUCGAGAUACUUGAAUGCAGAAAAUCCAAAGGACAGGAGGUUAGAGCAGUGUUCUACAAGGUGGAUCCCUCAGAUGUACGACACCAAAGAGGUGCCUUCGGUGACGCAUUUGCUACACUUGACCAAUGCAAAUACAAGGAUAGCAUGGACAAAUGGAAGGCAGCUCUCAAGGAAGCAGCAGACUUGUCUGGAUGGCCUUUCAAGGAUGGCAAGUACGAGUCUAAAUUUAUCAACGACAUUGUUGGUGAGUUAUCUGCCCAAGUGGUAAACCCUUCAUGUGACUUGCAAGUAGCUACACAUCCUAUUGGAAUAGAGUCUUGUAGACAAGAUGUCAUCAGACUUCUACAUGCCGAGGAAAAUAUUGUUUGCACGGUAGGCAUAUGGGGUCCUGGUGGAAUAGGAAAGACCACAAUUGCGAAAGAUGUGUUUAAUUCAAUUCGCUGUAAGUUUGCAUAUAGUUGUUUCUUGGCGGAUGUUAGAUCAAAUGCCCUAGUCCAAAUGCAAGAGACACUUUUAUUUGAUAUUUUAAGAGACUCAACUUUGAAGGUGAACAAUGUUGAUAAAGGAGUGGGUUUGAUAAAGACAAGGAUGCAAAAUAAAAAAGUUCUCUUAAUCCUUGAUGAUGUGAGUCAUUCUAGCCAAUUACAGAACUUAGUUCCAUCCCCUGAUUGUUUUGGGCCUAGCAGUAGAAUUCUCAUAACAACAAGAGAUAAACGUUGGCUAAUUGCUUAUCAAGUUGAUGAGGUAUAUGAGGUCAAGUUGUUAGAUUAUGAUCAAGCUUUGGAGUUGUUUAGCUUAAAUGCAUUCAAAAGAAAUGGACCUCCAGACAAUUAUUUGGAACUUGCACAACGUGCUGUACUCUAUGCCCAGGGUCUUCCAUUAGGUUUAAUAGUUUUAGGAUCUCAUCUAUUUCGUAGAAGUAGAGAGGAGUGGGAAGCUACAUUAGAUAGUUGUAGGGGAGAAGAUCCUCACAGAGAGAUAAGAGAUGUGCUCAAAAUAAGUUAUGAUGCAUUGGGAGUAGAUUUAAAAGGAUAUUUUCUUGAUAUCGCUUGUUUCUUUAAAGGUGAGUAUGUAGACCGUGUGAAACCAAUACUAGAAGCUUGCUAUGACCUCAAAUCAGUGACUGGUAUUGCACAACUCCAAGAAAAAGCCUUGAUAAGAAUUGAUGACGGGGAUAAGAUUUGGAUGCAUGACUUGAUAGAAGAAAUGGGUAAAGACAUAGUGUAUUAAGAGUCACCUGGUGAGCCCGGGGAACGGAGCAGACUGUGGAGCAAAGAAGAUGUCGACCACGUUCUAACAAAUAAUACAGGAACAGAUAAAGUUACAGGCAUCCAGAUCCCGGUCUCUUGGCAAACUUUUAAUAUAUUUUUGAAUGCUGAAAGCUUCUCAGGGAUGAAGAAUCUUAGAUAUAUUUCUAUGGACGGAAGAUUGGAAUAUGAAUGCUUUUCUGGAGAAAUUGAUUAUCUCUCCAACCAGUUGAGGUGGCUUAAUUGGCCUGAAUGUCCGUUGCAAUCUUUUCCAUCUAAUUUUCAUGCAAACAAACUUGUAAAGCUCAAUAUUCCUGAUAGCCACGGAAUCACACGACUAUGGGAGGGACGUAAGAAUUUUUCAAGACUAACAUAUAUGAAUUUAAGUAGUUGUACAUCCCUAAAGGAACUCCCAAACUUGAGUGCAGUCCCCAACUUGAAAGAGUUGGAUCUAUAUGAAUGUCGCAGUUUAGUUGAGGUUCCUGAUUCCGUUGGAUUCCUUCGAAACCUUUUUACCUUGAAUGUUGACGGCUGCUCUAACCUUACUAUGUAUCCAAGAAAAAUCACCUGGAAAUAUGUAGAAGCUAUUUCUAUCCACUCUUGCAAGCUUGAGGAAUUUUCAGAAGUUGGGAAAGAGAUGGGUUCCUUGAGAAUUUUGGAUUUAUCAGACACUUGCAUUAAAGAAUUGGGUCCGUCCAUUACAAAUCUCACUGGGCUCGAAGAGUUGAUCCUAAGGAACUGUCAAAAUCUUACAACUCUGCCGCGUAGCAUUUAUGAGCUGCGCAAUCUACGAGUUCUUGAUGCGAGGCAGUGCCCAAAACUUGCUGCAUUUCCAGAAAUUCCAAUAAAGAUGGAUUUCUUGAGAGAAGUUUAUUUAGGAGGCGGUGCCAUCAGAGAAUUGGAUGAGUCAAUUGGAAAUCUCAUUGGGCUUCAAACGUUGGAUCUUACGAAUUGCAAAAAUCUUACAACUCUACCGUGCAGCAUUUAUGGGUUGCAAAAUCUGAAGCAGCUUGAGCUUGGUAACUGCUCGAAACUUGUCAGAUUUCCAACAAAUACCAACAUGUUGAAUGUCGGUCCAUCACUUCCCAAGCUACGGAGGUUGGAUAUCCGAGGAUGCACUGGUUUAUCAGAUUGUGAUUUCCUCAUGACUCUUGAUUGCUGGGAAACAUUACAGUACCUUUUUCUGUCAGAAAACAAUUUUGUUAGUCUUCCUGCUUGCAUCACCAGAUAUGUCAACUUAUGGCGGCUUGACUUGUACGGUUGCAAGAGACUCCGAGAAAUUCCGGAGAUCCCACCAGAGGUUUACCUACACAUAAGUGGUUGUGAAGCACUGGAGAGAUUCCCAAGAACUAUAAAUGUGAUAGGGGCGGAGUCGCUUUUGUGUUCCGAAACUCCAGCGGAAGAGUUUUCUACGGUUAACUGGCCUCCCAGCGCUCAACUAAGACCCAGACCCAGACCCAGACCCAGACCCAGGUUCACAUGUCUUCUUCUUAGUAUCCUUUUCUUUUCCAACUUUUCUAACUUCUGAAUGUUGCUGCUGUUGUACUGUAUGCGACGUUGUUUAAGAAUAACAGUGUGUGCUAAAAGUUCAUAUUUCAGAACACCGUUUAGUAAAAUCAAUACAACAAUGAAAAAUAGCUCACUCUAAUAGGGUCCUCUCGAAAACCGAUUCUUCCUCUAAAGUUUUAGAAAGAGGUUGGAAGGACAGGAUACCCUCAUUUUGAAUACCUGUGCAUUGAUGUCUCUGAGUAUCUCAACUCUGCGACUCCAGCAUUGUCUUGAUUACAUUGAGAAUAAUCUCUGUUGCAUCCAAUUGCAUGAAGAAAUUUUCUGAUCCAUGUCUGCUGCCAAUUGAAUCGCAACCAUUGUUUUACCCUGCAUAAUGCCUAGGCUGCUUUUAGAGCAGACGGGCAGAUCUAUCUAGUUUGUUACUGCAUUAGAAUUUGAUAAUCUUUUACCAUGUAUAUUAUGUACAAUUAACUCUGGCCUAUUUUGAGGUGCAUUAAGGUCAAGUUUCACAUUUUCAGCCUAGCAACUGUUACAGAAACAAUGAACGAAUCUUUGUGAAUCCUUAAGAAUGCAGCGAUACUAGCAAAUGGUAUGAGCAAAUGCAGAUGCAUAUGAUCAUGAAUAUUCAUUCGAGCUAACUAUGGCUGUUACUAACUAACCUUACCUGUGCACUGUCUACAAAUUUCUGUGACAAAAACAUUUCCAUAAUAUAAUAGUUAGCAAAACCUAAAGGCCUUUCAUCAAUUGCUUUGUAUUUAUUGUGGACAGGUGGAAUCAAUGAAGGAUGAUGGGGAAUGGUAUCAAAACUGUUUGUACUUGUCCUCAUUGUUGAUCCUCAAUUGAUUCCAGUUGUAGCAGAAUAUCGGUGGUAUCAGCUAGCUAGGAAAUGCAAAUUAAGUUGUAGCCUGGAUUUGGCUAAAUAUCUUGCUUCAAGGUGAUGCGGCAGGCAUGUGCUGACCUUCUUGAGGAAGAAGGAAUUGGUUUUCAUUGUUUCUAAGGAUGGAGUUGAUCUUACGUGAUCCUAUGUGGUGGUUGAUGAGAGUUUUCUAAUUCAUUAGAAACUGGCAUGAAUCUCUUUAGAGGUUGCUGCAGGAUCAGGCUUUCUCCGGAAAGCAUUCCUAUUCGUCAAAACUUAUCAAUAAUGGGAACUACAAACUUUCACUUGGAAUGGUAGCAGAUUUGGGCAAAGUGGGGUACAUACUGAUCUAACUGAAUUUGAGACGACUGCAAAUAAAUUAGAAGUAAAGCUAAAAGUUCUAGUCUGGCAUUAGGCGAUGUGGCAGGCAAGUGCUGACCUUCUUGAGGACGUAAAAGUUGGUAUUCUUUUUUUCCAAGGACGCAAUUGAUGCUAUGAGUAUUGCUUCUUCGAGUUUGCAUACGUUGUAGAUUCAUGCAAGCAAGUUGGUGCUGCAAUAUCCAAUGAACCCCACCGAGAUUUAUCCACUGAUGGAUUUUACCUAUUUCAAAGUUGGAAGGUUACCACUUACCAGCAAACAUACGGUGGUAUACCUUGAGAGUGGUGGGACUCUUAUGAUGGUCAGAGCAAGCAAUGAGCGUGAUUCCCCUACUAUACACCAAUUUAUAUUCUGUUCAUUUUUCCUCCAACAACCUUUGUACCAAAAUAAGAUAUGGUUCAUAUGAUAUGUCGUCUAAUGGGAUGGUUGCUCAAGAGUUCGCAGCAGAUGUAGCCAUAGGCAAGUGGCAUGAUACUAGUGUCUCCCUGAUUCGAGGCUCCAAAUAUUAUCAGGCCGAUAUCUAAGGCUUAAUUGAGUUCCAAAGACCAAUAUAUAUGCAAGUAUUUGCAAUCAUCUAAGAAUAUAAGCCUGUAUCUUGCUUUGUAUUUCCUUGCUUUUGUGACGCAGACUCUCACAGGAAGUAGUAAAACUAUAACUAGUUCAUCAGAGCUGGUGUUAUAUGCUGAGGUUGUUUCAUAAAUAGAAGUCGCUAUGAAGAUUAGCUUAGUAAAAUCAAUAGAUAUACAAACGUUAGAUUAUUUUGUAGGGUCCUUAUACUGAUUCUUCCUCCAAAGAGUUUAUUGAAAUACCUCAGUUUGAAUAACAAUACAUUAAUAUCUUGAUUA